AAAAAAAUAAAUAAAUAAAAUAAAAAAUAGCUACUGUCUUGCUUAGUUUAAUUUAUAUGCGAAUAAUAUUUAUUUAAUAUAAAUGGAGAGCAAUCAAGGUUGGGAAGUGAAGAAAAGUGUUGAAAACCCACCAGUGAGUGCCGGUUUUGAGAUAUCCAACAAUCCCGAGGAGCUUAUUGAAAGAACAGGGACAAUAUGGACUGCAAUUGCGCAUGUGAUAACAGGUGUGAUUGGGGCAGGCGUAUUGUCACUAGCAUGGAGCGUAGCCCAAUUGGGGUGGGUUGCAGGCCCAAUAGUAAUAGUAAUAUUUGCGGCUAUCACGCAAGUUUCUACUCUGCUUGUCUGCGACUGCUAUAGGUCUCCGGACCCAGAAAAUGGCCCGACCCGGAACCGGUCCUUUAUGCAGGCUGUCAAAUUCUACCUGGGUAAAACGAAGCAAAGGAUCUGUGCAAUAUUUGUAUUGCAGAGCUUCUAUGGAUGUGGGAUUGCAUAUACCAUUGUCACGGCUUCCAGUGUAAAGGCUAUUCUAAGAUCAAAUUGUUACCACGAUGAAGGGAAGGACGCCAAAUGUGAUUAUGGGAACAACAUAUUUAUGCUAAUAUUCGGAUUGACUCAGAUUGUUGUGUCCCAAAUACCAAACUUCCACAACAUGGCAUGGCUUUCUAUUAUUGCUGCAAUUAUGUCAUUUUCCUAUGCUUUCAUUGGAUUCGGGCUGGGCUUUGCUACAGUCAUUGAAAAUCGGCAGAUCAAGGGAAGCAUUAGAGGAGUCUCUGCUCCCACAUCUUCUCAGAAAAUGUGGCUCGUUUUUCAAGCACUUGCAGACAUUGCUUUUUCAUACCCAUACACACAAAUUGUCUUGGAAAUUCAGGAUACUCUGCGGUCACCCCCACCGCAAAACCGGACCAUGAAGAAGGCAACAAUUGCUUCAAUACUCAUCACCACUUUCUUCUACCUCUGCUGCGCGUGCUUUGGUUAUGCGGCUUUUGGCGACCACACGCCUGGGAAUCUCCUCACGGGAUUCGGAUUUUACGAGCCUUAUUGGCUAUACCCCCAAAAUAAGUUUAUCAACAAAUUCUACGCUUGUCGGCUUCCAAUGCUGCCAUCAUUUAAGCUAAAUAUGCUGAGUUUGUGUUUUCGAACAGUGUAUGUAAUGUCGACAACAGGGCUGGCCAUGCUAUUUCCUUAUUUCAACCAAGUGUUGGGAGUUUUGGGGGCUCUCAACUUUUGGCCUGUCGCUAUAUAUUUUCCGGUGGAAAUGUAUUUUGUGCAAUCCAAAACACAAGCUUGGACAAGAAAAUGGGUUGCUCUUCAGAAAAUUGCAAUUUUGGUUCAAGGGAAUAAAAUGACUUGAGAGAAUUCACAAAAGAGUGAAGGACAGAAAAGAAAAGAAAGAAUCUUCCUUCCUUAACAACCACCAUGGGAUUCCCAGAAUCAGAUCGUCUCCUGUUAUUGGAUCCCGCCGCUAUCAAAAGAACUGGAACAAUAUGGACAGCAGUGGCUCAUAUCAUAACCGGGGUGAUUGGCUCCGGGGUGCUUGCUCUGGGCUGGAGCAUAGCUCAGCUGGGCUGGGCCGUCGGCCCAUUCUCGAUGGUCUUCUUCGCCGCCAUCACUUUUGUGUCUACUUUCCUCAUCUGUGAUUGCUACUGGUCUCAACACCCCCACCAUGGCCCUAUCAGGAAUACAUCGUAUACUCAUGCUGUGCGCUCGUUUCUUGGUGAAAGGAGUGCUUGGUUUUGUGCACUACUUAUUCAUAUAAGCUUCUAUGGGACUGGAAUUGCCUAUGUAAUUACCUCUUCCAAAUGCCUGAGAGCAAUAGAGAGAUCAAACUGUUACCACAAGCACGGACAUGACGCGCCUUGUGAUUUUGGACUCACGUUUUACAUGCUUCUUUUUGGGGUGGUUCAGAUAUUUAUGUCUCAAAUACCCGAUUUCCAUAGCAUGGAUUGGCUUUCGGUGCUUUCUGCUGUCAUGUCUUUCAUGUAUUCUUUCAUUUGUUUGGGAUUAGGAGCUGCAAAAGUCAUUGGAAAUGGAGUGAUUGAGGGUAGCAUUAGUGGAAUAUCAACACCCACUAAGACUCAAAAGGCAUUGCUAGUUGCUCAAGCACUUGGAGAUAUUGUAUUUGCCUAUCCGUACUCCAUGAUUGUUCUUCACAUACAAGAUACCCUGAGGUCACCUCCACCGGAAGGCGUGACCAUGAAACGGGCAGCGGUAAUCUCGAUGUGCAUUACGACUUUCUUUUAUCUCUGCUGUGGAGGCUUUGGAUACGCGGCUUUCGGUGAUCAAACACCGGGCAAUCUGUUGACCGAUUUUGGAUUCUACGAGCCUUACUGGCUUGUUGACUUUGCCAAUGCUUGUGUUGUUGUACACUUGGUUGGAGGAUAUCAGAUAUAUACUCAACCAGUAUUUGCAGCUAUGGAUAAAUGGUCGGCCGAUCGAUUUCCAGGCAGCACGUUUGUGAACAAACAGUACAUUAUCAAACUUCCCCUUUUGCCGGAAUGGAAUUUGAAUCUCCAAAGGCUGAGCUUUAGGACAGCCUAUGUUUCCUCAACCACUGCAAUUGCCAUGGUUCUUCCAUAUUUCAAUCAGGUCCUUGGAGUUAGUGGGGCCAUCACAUUUUGGCCCCUGGCUAUAUAUUUCCCGGUUGAGAUGUGGUUGAGGCAGAACAAAAUCGGACCCUGGACAGGAAAAUGGACUGUUCUUAGGAUUUUCCAAACUGUUUGUUUCUGUAUUGCGAUGUUUGCGUUGCUCGGGUCUUUCCAAGGACUUAUAGCUGCCCGUUUCAGCUAAAAAUAUGUGACGAAUACCCGAAGAACUGCUCAUACAACUGUUUAUGUAUAUAUAUGUGUAUAUAUAUGUGUGGAUUUGUACAUUUUCUGCCAUAGGAAAGUGUAUUAAAAAUUGUAGACAAGAGAUUCCAUGGAUUAUGAUUCUCAAUGUGAAAUGUAGAAUUGGAUUAUGUAUAUAGCGAUUGAAUGUCACUGAUUAUUGUGCCUUCUUGGAUUUUUUGACUCGGAGUUGGAGAAUGUUUGCACUCCCUUUUCUGGAC